UGUGGGAGAAAGACACACUGACGUGAAUGGCGCCAGACCUGGAUACGCGGCUUUGAAAACAGGAGCAGGAUCUGACUUUGGGAUAAUUUUGGGAGGAGAGUGUGGUGGAAUAUCAAAAUAACUUUUUCUGGAAAUUUUCACCCACUGGGGAAAGAAGGAGAAGCAGCACUAACGGUGUGCGUGCGUGUUGCCGAGCUGUGGUUCAGGGGGGUCCAGAUGGCAGGCAUAAGGGGCCCGGCCUGCACUGGAGUCUGGCUCUAGAGUCCACCGAGGGCUCCCACUUUAACUGGACACAUUCCACAGGACGUGUGCCCAUGAGGUCGUCACCACUGGUCCUGGUCCUCCUGAUCGGCGUCCAGGCUGUACUGAACAUGGGAGGUGGACUGGCCCAAAGCGCCGGGCUAGCCAACCGCAAAGCGGGACAGCAGACAAUAGCCAAUCACCAAGUUGGACACCAGCACCAUACUCUGGCUGUGGCGGGAGAGCAGCACGCCGAACUUCACAGGACCAAUCAUCACAGGACCAAGAGGCGUCAUCGAGGAGCCUCGCACACGCCUGACCCCUCCAUCCCGGUGGUGGACCCCAAGCUCUUCUCCAAGAGACGAUACCGUUCCUCGCCACGCGUCGUCUUCAGCGAGGUACCACCCUCGCAUGACGCCCUGGAAGCUGAGGGCUAUGACACUGAAGGGGUCAGGGGGCUACGGGUGAGGCGCAGGGCGGGCUCGCAUACCAUGCACAGAGGAGAGUACUCGGUGUGCGAUAGCAUUAACACCUGGGUAGGCAACAUGACCCGGGCCACAGACAUCGCUGGGAAUGAGGUGACCGUGUUGCCCAAUGUCACAAUCAACAACGUUGUGAAGAAGCAGUUCUUCUACGAGACCACCUGCCGAACCCCAAUGCACAGGGGCUCCGGAGCAAGGGUGGGGGGACGAGGCAGCAAGCAGGGCUCCAAAUCGGCCACCUCGGGCUGUCUCGGCAUCGACAGUCGCCACUGGAACUCCUAUUGCACCAACACACACAUAUUCGUAAGCGCCCUCACUAUCUUCAAGGAACGGACAGCCUGGCGCUUCAUUCGCAUCAACGCCGCAUGUGUGUGUGUUCUCAGCAGGAAGUCUUGGGCGGGGCGGCUCGUACACUGACUAGGAAGGACGGGCUCCGCCCGCAAAGCUAUGAAACUAGCACACAGUUCUCCCUGACGACCACUACAGCUUCAUUGCCAAUACUGUAUUCCUUUUUCCAGCGUACAGACACACACACACACACACACACACACACACACACACACACACUCACACUUUCGGGACCUCAUCGUUCCAGCCCCCUGGCAAUCCGGCCCCUCACCCUACCUCAGCCCGAGAAGUCCUGGUCUGGACUGCAUAUUAUAUUUAUGGUUUAUACAGUGAAAUAUGAAAUUAUAUAAUAUGUGUGUGUGAGUGUGUGUGUGUUUGUGUGUGUGUUAGUGCGUGUAGACACACAAAACGAACUCAAGCUUUUAUUGUUGUCAUUGUUGUGUUGUUGUUCUUAUUGUUAUUUAUUCAACACAUCUGUACUUGCCUGGUUUGUUUUGUCAAUUUGAAAUAUGCACAUUCAGAAUUUUUACAUGAAUGAUGGAUAAAAAGAAAUGACCAAG